AUGUGUCGGCUGGAUGUGUAUCUGAAGGAGGGCACGUAUGUGACCGUAAAGGGAUUCGGCAUUCCCUUCUAUCACCUCGAUCACCCGAGCGAUGGGUGGAUUAACCACAACGAACCAAUUGUGGGAGACAUGACGCUCGUUGAUAUUAUCGAGCAGCGGAAGUUCUCGUUCGUGGUUGCUUCGGGCGAUCGUGUCUUGGAAAAAUAUUGGUCUCAGGAGCUGCCUGGACCAUUUCGGUACCCGUAUGGCGAGGACCACUCCUGGUCUUUAGAACGAUACAACGAGCAGCUCUUCACACACCGUGGCCCCCAGUUUGUCGCUGCUUUGACCUUCGACAACGAUAAUGAACACCUUGCUGCAAUGACGCAGUCUCAAGUACAGGACAUCAUGUGGCUGUACAAGGAGGUUCAACAAGUUGCGGAAACACGACUACGCGCUUAUUUCGUCAAGGUGGAAGACAACUCUCUGGUCAACGAAUUCUAUGCGGUCGUACCUCUCAAGGAUAAUUUCAUUCAACGAUUCCGAGAAAUAUGGCCACAGUUGAUCAAGGACGAGUUCCUGCAGAUCAAGCUCUUCGACAGCGAUGACAAUGGCGACGAGAAGCCCGCGAGUUGGGAUGCCAAAAUCAUGGAGUAUCCUAGAGGCCUUGCCAUCAUGGCUCGCCAUCAGAUUCGCGACAACGAUCUCAUCCUCCGCGUUCGCAGGCCACGACCAUUUGAUUCCCAACGCCGCCCUGACUUCGAGGUCCAUGUUUUCAACAGCCGGGCAACAGCCAACGCCGCUCUGCGAGAAGACCACAAUCGGUGGAACUCUGUGUCUCUGAAGUUUGACGACCAAAUCAAGGAGUGUAAGCGAAAGGUCGACGCUGUUUGCAUGUUCCACCCGCAAGCUCAGCCGUCAACUGCUGAAGCCCCUCAAGAUGUCAGAUUCAAGAUGGCACUUCACCGGGCCUUAUUGCGCGGCAACGGAUUCUACCAUCUCCUUGUGCGCGAUGAGUCUUGUGAAAUAAACCAUGCGCCAAGGUCCCUUCCAGUUGUCAACUACCUCGAUAUCGAUGAUGGGUUUAUCACCGCUCUGCUCUUGGAGGUGCUUCCCGAGGACCGUACUCGCUUUUACAACUACAUGGCCAAAAGACCUCUUGGUCUAGGCUGCAUUUCUGCUGGUCCCGGAUUCGGCAAAACAACCGCCAUCUCUGUUGCAACUAUUGGUAUGGCGGCAACUUUGGGAAAAAUAUACGCUUUGGCUCCCACACACGUCGCGACGGACACAUUUGCCGACAGAUUGAACCGCAUAACGCAGAGAGUAACCGAUCGAUAUAAUAAAUGCAACUUGAUUCGACGGCGGCGGGCUUUGGUUGUUCGUGGUUACAAAUUUCGCGACGAAUAUGAUGCCUUCAUCGGCCUUCUACGCAAUCCUCGCAGCGGCAGUACCACGGCAACCAAGUGGAGAGCAGAUUCGAAUUACAAGCUCAAUCUCUCUCCCAGUUUCUGGCUCCUGAUGGUCCUCCGCUCCUCUGCUCAGAUGCAGAGGGACAUGGAUGCCAGGCCAGAGUUUGCCCGUCUUUGCGAUGCCGCUACCGGAAGAAUCAGUUGGCAAGAAUAUCAGAGAGAGACGGUCCAAAAAGGUUUCAUCACCGGCAUGUUACUUCACAUCGUUGAGCAAGCCGACAUUCUCUGCACAACGCCUUCGUUGUCGUGCGAUCUUCCUUACAGAACUUGGAAGGGACGUGCCAAGGGUAUCGCAGUUGAUGAAGCAGGAAAUAUAUCUCGACCAGAUCUUUACAGUGCUUGGGGUAACACUCUUCUACCCUGCCUUCUGAGUGGUGAUGAAAAGCAGCUCCGCCCUCACGUCACCACGGCAUACGACCCCGACCCAGCCAACAUCGCCAUCAACCGUUUUGCACAAGACGGCUUGGUAUCGCCUCUGGAGUUUUUCACAGCAUCAGGAUGGCCAAUCUACCGUCUCUGCGUUCAACUGCGAAUGGCCAGAGGCCUUUUCGACACGUGCCAUCGCGAGCUAUAUAGCGACCUCCCAUUUACGUACGGCAUAGGCAGCAAUCUUUCUCUUCACAAUAUUGGAGUCCAAUUAGAGACAUACAUGACCAGAAGAUUCCCAAGCCUGACACCAUCGAGUGUCGGUACGUUGAGUGAGGUGUUUGUCCAUUGCAAAGGUACCACCUGCGAAAUCGAUCUGAUGACGGGGGCGAAGAAGAAUCCAGACCAAGUCGACAACGCACUGGAUUUCCUUUCCGAUUUUGUUCGAACCACAGGCGCUGAUGCCUCUCGAUUAGCGAUAAUUACGCCGUAUAGGGCCAAUGUGAAGCUUAUUGCUGGCCGACGAAAGGCAGCCCGAUAUGCACUUCUUUCGGCGAUGCGACCCGCUGAGACCGUCGAUUCCAGUCAAAGCUGCGAAGCGGAUAUUGUUGUUGCCAUUCUGGGGACUACUGAGGCUGUCGGGCCGGGGUUCACGACGGAUGAGCAUAGAUUCAACGUGAUGCUCAGCCGCCAGAAGAGUGGCUUGCUCAUAUUUGGCGAUAUCAAUGUGUUGGGACCACCUACAUUAUCAGCGUCGUUUAGUGACUCUGCCCCCUAG